AUGUCUGAAUCGGCUUUGUAUGAUUUGCAACAAGAAUUUAGACAAGCCUCCCAAACUUUGGAAUGGAUUGUCGCCGAUGUACGAUCGCCAUGGCGGAUGAAGGAAGUCUUUGAAAAAUACAAACCUCAAUUGGUUUUUCAUGCAGCGGCGUACAAACACGUGCCACUAAUGGAGUCCCAUCCAUGGGAAUCGGUUAUCACCAAUGUUUACGGUACCAAAGUGGUGGCCGAUUUGGCCACCCAACAUAAGGUUGAAAAAUUCAUUAUGGUGUCCACCGACAAAGCGGUUAAUCCGACCAAUGUGAUGGGAGCCACCAAGCGUUUGGCCGAAAUCCCCAUUAAAAUUAUCGAUUUGGCAAAAAAAAUGAUACGACUAUUGGGGCAUCGAUAUCCACAAGAUGUCGACAUUAAGAUAAUAGGACUUCGGCCUGGUGAAAAAAUAUACGAAGAAUUAUUGGCCGAUGGUGAAAAUACAAUAGAAACCUACCAUCCUAAAAUUCGAUUGGCCGAACAACACGGAUUAAUGGAUUGUGAAUCCACCAUGAAAAUUAUAGAAGACAUCUUUGAAUUGGCACAUGGUUCUACUCAGAGCCAUCACCAAUUGGUGGCGGCCAUCAAAAGCAUAAUCCCCGAAUAUGUUUCGAAUAAUAGU